GGGGCUCGUGGUGGCUGGCGCAGCUGGCUCCGGCAGACGCUCGCUCAAAGACGUCAAUACCGGUGGCUGCGCCGACGGCGAUACACCGAGGCAGCCCUGGCGCUGCGAGGCGUGCGGCAGGCCUUCUGCUUCACCGCCUGGCGGCUCCGCUGUCGGCUGCGGCGCCUGGCCCCGCGGCUCCUGGCGCGCUCGCCGGGCCUGCGCCGUGCAGCCUUCGAGAUCUGGGCGCAAGGCGUGGAGCGGCGGCAGCUUGCUUCCCUGC